AUGGCAUUGCCAAAGAAGCCUAAGGAGGUCCAGAAGCAGACAGGCUGUGUGGCCACACUUAAUAGGUUUAUCUCCAAAUCCACAGAUAAAUGCGUACCGUUCUUUGACACCCUGAGGGGAAGCAAGCCAUUUCUAUGGACGGAAGAGUGCGAACAGGCGUUCCAACAACUGAAGGAACACCUUGGCAAACCCCCUAUGCUGUCCAAACCUGUGACUGGGGAGAUACUGAGCCUUUACCUAGCGGUCUCGGAGCACGCCGUUAGUUCGGUGUUAAUCCGCGAAGAGAAGAAGGUGCAGCUGCUAGUGUAUUACACUAGCAAGCGCCUCCUCGACGUGGAGACGAGGUAUCCCCAGAUGGAAAAGCUCGCCCUCACGCUAGUUGUGAUAGCAAGGAAGUUACGGCACUACUUCCAGGCCCAUAGCAUUCAGGUCUUGACCAACCACCCCCUCAGGCAGGGCCAAGCCCUGGCCGACUUCGUGGCAGAGUUCACAGGGCUACCAGCCGAGGUCGAGGGAGCCGACGAACCAGCACGAUGGAAGCUCUACGUCAACGGCAGCUCCAACGACAACGGCAGUGGGGCAGGACUGGUGUUACACACACCGGAAGGACACAAGGUCACCUCGGCCGUCAAGUUCAAAUUCCCCGCGUCCAAUAACGAAGCAAAGUACGAGGCACUGCUCACCGGGCUCCGGCUGGCGGAGCACUUGAAAGCUGAAAACCUCGACAUCUUCAGUGAUUCACAACUCAUUGUGAAUCAAGUAAAGGGACAGUACCAGACCAGGGACGAGAAGAUGGCUGCGUACCUGAAGAAGGUUAAGGAAGCCCUGGGAAAGUUCACCACCUAUGACAUACAGCAGGUACCGAGGGCAGAGAAUAGCAACGCCGAUGCACUCACCAGGCUGGCGACGUCGAGAGACGCCGAUCUCCUAAACCUGGUACCCUUAGAAGUCCUGAAAACCCCGUCCACGGAGAAGCGGCCUGAAGUCGCACCAGUGGACCUCCAACCUAGCUGGAUGGAUCCAAUCAUCAGGUACUUGGUCAGCGGCGAGCUUCCUGAGAACAGGCGGCAGGCCCAAAAGAUGAAGUAUCAGCCAGCAAGAUACACGAUGCACGACAACCUCCUCUAG